AUGUCCCUCCCUUUUGUUCCCAUCAGCGAGUGCUGCCUUCGCGGCUCCAAACUUCCCGGUGAGCCAUCGGGCCAACUCCAACACGCGGGCACGACAGUGGAUGGGCACACCCUGCGCAUUGACAGGUACUAUGCACGCCCCGCCGAGAUCAAGCAUCCGAAGACGUGCGUCGUGCUGUUCUACGACGUAUUCGGGUUCUCUAUUCACAAUUCAAAGAUCCUCGCCGACACUUAUGCUGCCCACCUCGGCAUCGAGGUAUUUGUGCCAGACUACAUCCCCAACCCGCCUCCAGCCAACUCGCUCGACUCUUCCAUCGAAUGGUACCCCGGCUCGAAGAAAGACCAGGGCUGGCUGGGAUAUCUGUGGAGCAAAGUAAGCUUGCUCAAGAUCCUGCCGUACGCGCGGGGUAUCUUGGACGGACAGGCACUGCCAUUGGUCGACAAGGCCGUUGCGGACGUCACGGACGCGGGGUACACCACCGUUGGUGCCGUCGGGUACUGCCGCGGUGGGACGAUGGUGUCCUACCUCCUCGGGAAAGGCGACUCAUCGCCCUUGGCCGCGGGCGUGGCUUUCCACCCAGAGUACACACCAGCACGAUACCCACUGUACACGCGGCCGGCAGCGUUUGUGCUUGCCGAGGUGGACGCUUACAUCUACGGCGACCGCGUAGACGAGAUAAUGAACAAGUUUGGCAAGGCGCCAAACGAAGCCACAUUCUUCAAAGACACGGCACAUGGGUUUGCCGCGCGCCCGUCUUUCGAGCACGAGCCCACGAUGAAGGCAUUCCACGACGCGAACGGCCGCGCCGAGGCGUUCCUCCGCCGCAACCUGGGUCUGUGA